CAGUUUGCAUUGAAAAGUCCAAUAGUUUACAGUAAAAGUGUAUAAAUUAUUUAUAAAACACACAUAAAAAAAUCUCGCAACAUAUCAAUGUAAUAUAAAUAGUGCAUAAUUACAAGAAAAUCUCUUAAGAUUUCAAGUUUGCAGGCAAACAAAAAAAAAAAAAAGCCAAAAGAAAAAGUUUGCAAAAGUGUAAAAUAUCUUUGGAUCUAUAUAUAAAAAAAAGAGCGUUCCUACAUAUUUAUAAAUAACGUUACAAUGUUUAAACGUACUUUUAAGAUUGUCUUCCGUCCGGUGAAAAGUAACUUCAUUUUACUGCCCGAAAAUUAUUACAAAGUUGUGUCCACAUAUGAUACGGGUUGUCUUAGCCUGCAAUAUAAUGCUCAUAUCCAUUAUGUCUCUUGGGCUCCACAUUCGGGCGCCGUUAAAGAGACUGAAAUUGCAAUCAAUGCCAGGGUUGCUAAAGAGAUUGGUUUACAUGAAAAUGACAUGGUCAAAUGUUCGUUGCUGGCAGAGGCACCUCUAUUAAGAAAUGUAUUUGUAACACCGGUAUCAGCUAAAGACUGGGAAAUUAUAGAACUAAGUAGUGAGAAGAUUUCGGAAAGUGUUUUGGAUCAAACACGUAUUAUCAACUCCAAUCAAAUGCUGAUAAUAUGGAUAAAUAAAUCAAUGCAAGUGGCCUUGACAGUGGAUCGUGUCAAACCCAGUCUCAGCUAUGGCCGCAUAGAUCACAAUACCGAACUGGUUAUAGCUCCUAAUCUAUACAAAAGUAUUACCAAUGGUAAUGGCAAUGGCAAUGCUGAGGACAUUAACGAUAAACUAUUUCGCAGCAAUACAGUGGCUAAACUGGGCAUUCUAGAUGAAGAUCCUCAUGCUAAACGUUUAAUGCGUUCCACCACAGCCAGCAAUUUAAAGAAUCUACAACGUUCUCAAACAUUGGCCAAAACAAAUCGCCGCGAUAAAAUGGACCGCUUGAAACGUGAUUUAACUCGAGAAUUAUCGAAAUUUAUAGAGUUUCGUGUCAUAUCUGGAGAAUGGCAAAAUAACUAUCAAAUAUCUGAUGUAUUUAUCAACAAAGUCAAUUGGCCCGGUCAUAUGGAUGCUACCACAGUUUAUAGCCUAAAAACCAUGGAUGAAAAAGAAUAUUAUGUGCGCGUACGUUUGGUUAGUCAUGCAGAAAUUGCCCAAACCAUACACCCCACCAUAGAGAUCAAUGUUAACUUAAUGAAGAUAUUAGAUCUCAAGGAAUUGGAGAAGGUGGUUCUAAAACCCAAACCCAAUGUCGUUAAUUUUGUGGAAAAGAUAGAACUAUUUGCCAAUAAAAAGACCCACUACAAAGUGGUAGAAAAUGCCUUCAAACGUUUUGUCAUAGAAAAAACCAAUCACUCAGCCAUGCUGCUCAAUCAAAACGAGGUAGUACGUUUAGAGGAAGAUCUAGUGGUGAGUGUGGGCAUUUUACCCGAACACUUUAAGUACUGUGCCAUAGACUCACAAUUCCUCAAAGAGAGUAAAAUCUAUGCGGCCGAUUUGGUGCGCAAAGUCGAUGACAUUGUAGAUGUAGCGGCAAAUGUUGCCUCACCGUUGAGUGUUAAAGAUUUAAUAAAACUGCCACAAUUUGACAAAAGCAUUGAAAAGUUGUCAAGCGAAUUGAAAAGCAAUUUAUGUUUAGAUGCCAAAAACGGUGUGUUACGUCAGGGGAAUAUUUUAAUAACGGGUGCUUCGGGCACGGGCAAAAGUGUGGUAGUUGAGCGUUUAUUGGAUGAGUUGAUAAGAAAACCGUACUACUGUUAUUUUGAUAUAUUCUAUUGUACGCGCAGUAAAGGGCGUAAGGCCGAGUCCAUACAAAAAGAUUUACGCAAUGUUUUCACCACCUGCCUUCAAAACGCCCCCUCCAUAGUGGUCUUAGAAAAUCUCGAUGUCUUGGCUCAUGCCACUGCCGAUCAAGCCACUCAGGAUGGUGAAUAUUUCAAUCGCAUUGCCGACAUAGUACAUCAACUUAUUGUCCAGUAUACUAGCAAUCAUCCUAUAGCCGUCAUAGCCACCGUCAAUGAGGUGCAAUCUCUCAACAAACGUAUAUAUUCUCCAAGGGGCCGUCAUUUAUUUCAAACCAUCACUAAAUUACCCAAUUUAGAGCGUGUGGAUAGAGAAUUGGUUUUAAAAGAUCUAUGCAGUCAUAUUGAGGCAGAAAAAUUGGAUUUUGAAAGAUAUGGUCUGCUGACGGAGGGCUAUAACAAGGGUGAUUUGGUGCAAUUUGUGGAGAGAGCCAUAUUUUAUGCCUAUCGUAUAAGUAAAAAUCAACCGGUUUUGACAAAUGAACAUUUAAAGAACUCUUUGGAGAACACCAAUUCUUAUUGUUUACAAGGCAUUGAGAGUCAUCAGUCUAAUAAUAACUCGUCGAAUGGUGAGGAUAAUUUAAUGGUGGAGGAUAUACCCGGCUUAGAGCCGGUAGUAAUAGUGCUGGAAGAAGUUUUAAUGUGGCCUUCUAGGUACCCCAUUAUUUUCAAUGCCUCUCCCUUGCGCAAUCAAGCGGGCGUUUUACUGUAUGGCCCUCCAGGUACUGGAAAAACAUUUUUGGUUUCUAAACUUGCUAAUUCUUGGAAUCUAAGAACAAUUUCUGUUAAGGGACCUGAACUCUUGGCUAAAUACAUAGGCCAGAGUGAAGAAAAUGUGCGCAAUUUAUUUAAUCGGGCUCGCAGUGCCAAACCCUGUGUUUUAUUCUUUGAUGAGUUUGACAGUUUGGCGCCAAAACGUGGCCAUGACUCUACUGGUGUUACCGAUCGUGUAGUCAAUCAGUUACUAACCGAGCUAGAUGGUGUAGAGGGACUGCAGGGUGUUACGGUAAUAGCUGCCACCUCUAGGCCGGAGUUAUUAGAUCCCGCCUUGCUGCGAUCGGGUCGCAUAGAUCGUUUGGUAGAGUGUGCUUUGCCAGAUUCUGCAGCACGUUUGGCAAUAUUUGAAACUUUGUCAGCAACCUUGAUUUUAGAUGAAACGGUAGACUUUGAAUAUUUUGCCGAAAAGACCCAAAACUAUACAGGAGCAGAUAUACAAAGUAUUUUGACAUCGGCCAAUAUGUUGGCGGUAAAGGAAGCUAUAGCGGAAUAUGGUCAUGAGAAACUGCCCGAAAAACUUUCUAUCAAGCAGAAACAUUUAAUUGAGGCCUUUAACACCACCCGACCUUCUCUCAGUCCCUCGGAUGUGGCCAAAUAUCAAAAGACUUAUGCCCGUUUCACCAAUAAGGAAAAGGCUUCCCGGGAGUUUGUCUCUAAACGCGCCACUUUGGCGUAGUGGUUUACAGUUGAAAAAGAAAAGAAAUUAAUUUCAUUUCAAUUUGUUUCUUUUUUGGUAUUUUAUUAUGAUGGUUUAUCUUCAAUAUUUUUUUUGUGUUCUUUAAAAAUUUAAUAAAAAAUGGGUUGUUUUGUUUCCUUUUUUUGCAUUGUUUUGAUAAA